AACUAAUUUCAUGAUUAUUGCGUGUCAAUCGAGUUGUCACCGGUGCCGUUGACUUUAUAGGUUAGAAACGCAAAAUUUAUAAGAAAUGGCUAAAGUAGGAGCUGUUUUGAAGAAAUUCUACACAGAAUACGCUACGAAAACGCCGAAAAAAUUAAAAAUUAUUGAUGCUUACCUUUUAUACAUAUUACUUACCGGGAUCGUUCAAUUCGUGUAUUGUCUGUUAGUGGGGACAUUUCCCUUCAAUUCCUUUUUGAGUGGUUUUAUUUCUAGCGUAAGCUGUUUUGUCUUAGCAGUUUGUCUUCGUUUACAAGUUAACCCAGAGAAUCGCAGUCAAUUUGUUGGAAUAAGCCCAGAAAGAGGAUUUGCUGAUUUUAUAUUUGCUCAUAUUGUGCUGCACCUUGUAGUUAUGAAUUUCAUUGGUUAAAAUGUUUUUGCAAUUACAAUAUUUUGAAUAAUAAUAAUUGAAGAUGUUAAAUUAAAUAAGAAUCUGUUUUUGUACACACUUUGGUUCAAUAAAGAAAACUUAAACCUU